CAUCUAGGUACUCUUUAAAUGGCUAAAACACAUACUACGCAAAUUGUAACAAGUCGAGGGGAGUCUAUUUCUUGUCUCUCCAAACCCCAGUACGUCGUAUCAUUAUUUGCUUAUCUCAUCAACCCAAAAGACGGCAGCUGACGUCACAAGCGACAUCUGAAUCGUCAAGACAUAGCGCCAGCGGUCCCUACCACGUUUGGACAAACGUCUCUCAUCUGACGGGUAAAGACUGAAGCGCUUGUAUCAUUCUACUUUAACCAUUCCGUGUCUACCAGUAUACCUUAUCCAUACUAUUACAACGCAAUCAAAACGGCCGGGCCAGUAACCAGAUCCAAGGAUGUCGGAGCCUCAGCCAGGGCAACCGCAGAGCUGUGAAGCCGAGAGUUCGCAGAGAACUCCUAAGAGAGAGCCACGGGGUUCAACCAUUGCAAAGAGCCCCAAGACUUUAUCUACGGCCGCAAAGAGAAUACAAAGAGAACUUGCUGGGAUAACGUUAGAUCCGCCGCCAAAUUGCAGUGCCGGCCCCAAGGGUGACAAACUGUAUGAGUGGUACUCUACCAUACUGGGACCUCCCGGAUCUGUAUACGAGGGGGGUGUUUUCUUCCUGGACAUUCACUUUCCCACAGAUUACCCCUUUAAACCACCAAAGAUUACAUUCAGAACAAGAAUAUAUCACUGCAACAUAAAUAGCCAGGGACACAUCUGCUUGGAUAUACUAAAGGACAGCUGGAGUCCCGCCCUCACGAUGUCUAAAGUGCUACUGUCUAUCUGCUCGCUGCUAACAGACUGCAACCCAGCCGAUCCCCUUGUUGGAAGCAUCGCUACACAGUAUCUCACAAACCGCGAGGAACAUGAUAACACUGCAAGAGAAUGGACCAAACGGUUUGCGACAUGACCCUCAAAUACCUUCUAACGCUAUUACUGCCAUCAGCUAGUCCCGUCAGCAUCCUUAACUUCUUUGAACAUACCUAAUGCUCGCGAUGUGCAGUUUAUACUUAGGAGAUCGUACCGAGAUUUCCUAGAAGUGCGACCCCAUUGGAAAUGUACGCAUCGCGAACGUUCUUAAUUUAUUUUUUUUCCAGCUUGUCUCCUUUUUGCUACAUGUUUCUAGAAAGAUAGGGGCUGUGUAAAUUUUCCUUAUUCCCCCCACUUAACAUGUUUGCACAAUACUCCUGUGGUCUUAUCUGAGGUGACUUGACUCAGCCUUUGCAAUGGCCUCCUUAUUCGCCCCGCAGCCAUUCUAAGAUUGGCCGCCAUUUUGAAUUGAUAGACCGAGAAGACGCUGAUAACGAGGUUUAACGCUGUUGACCAGGCAUCUUAGUACUUUAAGACCGCAGCGUUCAUUGGAGUUCUGACUCGGAUACCUCGAACUCCGCUAUCUCUAACAACUUGAACUUCACGAUAUCUCGAAACUUCUCUGUUGUUCGUUUUCCUUGAGAUAGUGGGGGUCACUGUAUUCUGGCAACGUUCUCGAAAACUUACUCCUCCCCCCUUCAGUCAACCCUUUAGAAUACCAAGAGAUGGCCUUGAGAAAUGUAGGUCUAAGUUAUUGAAGAGAUAUAAGCAAUACAAAGAAACAAUUUGAAAUAUGUACUCAAGUAAGGAUUAGAAAGCGAAAAGACUAACGGACCUGGGACAACUCGAAUGCGGAGCGGGGCGCAGGCAGGGCGAGUAGGGUUGUGGUUUAUCCGAAGACUAUUUAAAUGAAAUAACUUGCAUACUUUGUAAAAUAAGAAAAUUAAAUCAGUACAGAAUAAAGAAUUGACAAAUGAUAUAGUCAAACCCUUA